AUGCCGCCACCACAGACACCACAGCGCAAUGAGAUUCUCGACUGGUAUAAUUCGAUUCCACCCAUAACCAAAGCACUGAUUACGCUCUCACUUGCCACGACCACGUUAUCUGGUUUGGGAUUUGUGCAGCCUUCAACUUUUGUAUUUUAUUGGCCAAAUAUCAGAUAUAAAUUACAGUUAUGGAGAUUGGUGUCAUGCUUUUUCUUCAACAGAUUCAGUCUCGGUUACGCCUUUAAUCUUUAUUUUUUAUAUCGCAAUUCACAGCAGUUAGAAACUGAAGUCUUUCGAAACCAACCUGCCGAUUAUAUAUUUUUUCACUUGUUUACUGCAACUUUGCAACUUAUAACAGCCAUUCCUUUCGACCUUUAUGUUUUAAGUGAUGGUUUAUUACUUUCAAUUGCCUAUCUCUGGGCACAGCAUAACCGAGAUUCGAUAGUGAGUUUUAUGUUUGGCAUCCGUUUCAAGGUAUUGAAAGAAGUUUCGAAAAUAUGA